AUGCUGAACAAGAGCUUCGUGUUGCUGUAUCUUGAACCAUGGCUUGUCCAGGCGCCCUCCAAGAAGGCGGGCAAGAAGGGCGGGGCCGCAGCGACGUCCAAGAAGGCGGGCGGCGCAGCAGGCAAGGUCGCUAAGGCAGAUUGGAAGGAGGGCUUCAAGAAGAAGCAAGUCGGCGUGUCCGACAUGACGCUCCUGACCACUAUCACCAACGAGGCCGUAAACGAUAACCUCGAGAAACGGUGGAAGAACGGCGAGAUUUACACCUAUAUCGGCUCGGUGUUGAUCUCCGUCAACCCAUUCCGAGAUCUGGGCAUCUACACCGACGAGGUGCUUCAGAGGUACAAGGGCAAGAACAGGCUCGAAGUACCCCCGCACGUCUUCGCCAUUGCCGAGUCUGCGUACUACAACAUGAACGCCUACCACGAAAACCAGUGCGUUAUUAUCUCCGGCGAGUCCGGUGCAGGCAAGACGGAGGCAGCGAAGCGCAUUAUGCAGUAUAUUGCUGCGGUAUCCGGAGGCCAGGACAGCAGCAUCCAGGAGAUCAAAGACAUGGUACUCGCCACCAAUCCUCUGCUCGAGAGUUUCGGGUGCGCGAAGACGUUGCGUAACAACAACUCCAGUCGGCAUGGAAAGUACCUUGAGAUCAUGUUCAAUGACCACGGAGAGCCGGUCGGCGCACAAAUUACGAACUACCUGCUGGAGAAGGGUCGCGUGGUAGGUCAAGUGGAGAACGAGCGUAACUUCCACAUCUUCUAUCAGUUCACGAAAGCGGCGUCCGAUGCACAACGAGAGGCCUUCGGUCUGCAGACCCCAGAAGCCUACGCCUACACCAGUAUCAGCAAUUGUUUGGACGUACCCGGAAUUGACGAUGCACAAGACUUCGCCGAAACUAUCAAAGCGAUGCAAGUCAUCGGCUUGAGUGACUACGAGCAGAAUGAGAUCUUCCGUAACCUUGCCACAAUUCUCUGGCUCGGCAACGUACAAUAUGCGGAGAAGGACGACGGAAACUCGGAUAUCUCAGACACAAGUGUCACUGACUUUGUCGCAUACCUCAUGGAGGUAGACGGGGCUCAGGUCCAGAAGGUGUUCACGUCGAGGACUAUGGAGACCCAGCGCGGUGGCAGACGAGGCUCGGUCUACGAUGUCCCGCUCAACCCGGCGCAGGCGAGCUCUAGUCGCGAUGCUCUAGCGAAGGCGAUCUACAACAACCUGUUCGAGUGGAUCGUGUCGAAGAUCAACGUGUCUAUGAAAGCCCGGAGUGCAACCGCGCAACUCAUUGGCAUUCUUGACAUCUUCGGAUUCGAGAUUUUCGAGGACAACUCCUUUGAACAACUGUGCAUCAACUACGUUAACGAGAAGCUGCAGCAGAUUUUUAUCGAGCUCACGCUCAAGACGGAGCAGGAGGAGUACGUGCGCGAGCAGAUCAAGUGGACGCCGAUCAAGUACUUCAACAACAAGAUCGUGUGCGACCUCAUCGAGGAGAAGCGGCCCCCUGGUAUCUUUGCUGCGCUCAACGACGCGUGCGCGACCGCCCAUGCCGACCCCACCGCCGCAGACAACAGCUUCGUACAGCGUAUGUCAGCGCUAUCGACGAACCCUCACUUCGAUGCUCGCGGCGCGCAGUUCCUCGUGAAGCACUAUGCCGGCGACGUGAUGUACAACGUUCAAGGCAUGACGGACAAGAACAAGGACUUGCUCGUAAAGGACCUGCUGGACCUCAUCGGCGGAAGCAGCAAUGAGUUCCUGCAGGGCCUCUUCCCGGACAGACCCGACCCGAACAGCAAGAAGCGUCCCCCUACUGCCAGUGACAGGAUUAAGUCGUCCGCGGGCGCCCUCGUCGAGAACCUCAUGCGUGCCCAACCGUCCUACAUCCGGACCAUCAAGCCGAAUCAGAACCGCAGCGGCAGCGAGUACGACACCAAGGCCGUACUGCACCAGGUCAAGUAUCUCGGUCUCCAGGAGAACAUCCGUGUCCGGCGCGCUGGGUUCGCAUACAGGAACACUUUCGAGAAGAUGGUGGAGCGUUUCUACCUGUUGUCGCCGGCGACUUCAUAUGCGGGAGAGUACAUCUGGCAAGGCGACUCCAAGUCUGGCUGUGAGCGCAUCCUCACCGACACUGGUAUUGCCCGUGAAGAGUGGCAGAUGGGUACCACGAAGGCGUUCAUCAAGAACCCCGAGACGCUCUUCGCGCUGGAGACGAUGCGUGAUCGCUACUGGCACAACAUGGCCGGCCGGAUACAACGUGCGUUCCGCAACUACAUGCGCUACAAGCAUGAGUGCGCCCGCCGAAUCCAGCGCUUCUGGAAGAACAACAAAGAGGGCAUCGAGUAUGCGAAGAUCCGCGACUACGGCCACCAGGUCCUGGCGGGUAGGAAGGAGCGGAGGCGCUUCAGUCUGCUUGGCUACCGCCGGUUCAUGGGCGACUACCUCGACGUUAACGGGAAGAGCGCAUUGGGCGAGGAACUGGCUGAGGCUUGCGGAAUCGGCAGGGACAAGGUUACGUUCAGCUCGAGAGGGCAGCUUCUUGUUUCGAAGUUCGGCCGCUCCAGUAAACCCAGCCCACGGUUCUUGAUUCUGACUGACAAGGCGCUCUACAUCGCUGUUACGAGCGCAAAGGAAGGGCAAACCGUCACGAGUUUGGAGAGGAAGAUUGCUCUCAUCAGUAUCAAGAGUAUCUCCAUGACCCAUCUGAGGGAUGAUUGGCUAGUAUUCAACCUCGGGCCCACGGAAGAAGGCGAUCCGAUCAUUAGCUGUAUCUUCAAGACCGAACUGACGACCCACAUUCUGCGCCUCACGCAGGGCAGCGUCAAUGUUCUCAUUGGCCCGACCAUUACAUAUACCAAGAAGAAGGAGAAGAAGGCCGAGAUCAAGACCCUCAAGGACGAGACCGUUCCGCGGGGCGACCUGUACAAGAGCCACACUAUCCAUGUGCCCUCCGGCGAGCCUCCCUCUAGCCUGUCGAAGCCCCCGCCCCGGCGUAAAGAGGGAGUUGUACGGCCGAUCACUCAAGGGAAGCUUCUCAAGAAAGGCGGACCAUCAGACCCGUCGGCAGCUUCCAGACCCAAGCCAGCUGCGCAGCCCCUCCCAGGCAGAUCUACCCCUGCUGCUGCUGCUAAACCGCCAGUGGCUGCAUCCACCCCAGCCGCGUCCUCAGCCCCACGCGCGCCGCCUCCACCGCCUGGUAGGGCCGCUGCGCCUCCCCCUCCCCCUCCGCCAGAGCCCGACGUCGAGCAGUACAAGGCGAAGUACGCAUUCCAGGGUCAGGAGGGCGAGAUGUCGCUUCAGAAGGAUGACAUCGUGGAGCUCGUAGAGAAGGACAACAACGGAUGGUGGCUGGUCAAGAAGGACGGCGUCGAAGCGUGGGCGCCGAACAACUACCUCGAGCUCGUCCCGCCCAAGCCCAAAGCCGCAGCACCUCCGCCCCCGCCACCCCCUCCUCCCGCAGGCAAGCGCCCGAUCCCGGCCGCCCCAGGGGCGCCCGCCGCGCCCAAGGUCGGGGGCAACGGCGCGCUCAAGUCCCACCUAGCCGAUGCCUCCGCGAAGCCCGUCGCCGUGUUCCCUGGUAUGGCCGCUGGGAACGGCUCAGCGGCGCCCUGGAAGCGGAACGCGUCGACGGCCGAGUCCUCCUCGGAAAGCACCCCUGCGUCGUCGCGACCUGGCAGCUCCGUCGCGCACAAGCCGCCACCGAUCGCGGCGAAGCCUAAGCCGGGGCCGCCCCCACUCGCGAGCAAACCGGGCGCACCGAAGCCUGGAGCGAAACCGCCUAUCCCGACUGCUGCACGGCCUGCGGCGGGCGCGCCGAAGCCGAAGGCGGGUGUGGCGAAGCCGGCUGCUGUUGGUGGCCAACUGGAUUUGGCUGCAGCACUUGCGAGACGCGCUCAGAAGAUCGCUGAAGACGAAUGA